ACUUACAUCGAAAGUCUGAAGGAAUAUGAUGACUUCAAUGAGAUGGUUUUGGAACGUAGACGAAGAAAUUGGAAACUGGUUCUGUGGAAUCAUAGAAGCUACUGAAUCAAAAACCUAUGAUCAACCCUGUGAUAAAUCUGUUCUAUCAAUUUGUAACUCGCUAAUCCUGAUUAAUAUAAUUAAUUACUUUUCAGAUUAUAUUGAUUUCAAAGGUUUCUGUUCAUCAAUACAUUAGACAUGUCUUUAGUUAAACUCCGUCUACUCAAACCGUCCUUUCUACUCACAGGGUCCAGAUAUCCAGUCAAUACACCCAGAUUGCGGUUGCUUAGUCAGUUCUCUUCUCUUACAAGCUCUACAAUACAGACCAAGAUGGGAGAAAGCGGUGUGUGCGUGAAUAAUUUUAUCCUGCCAGCUGACCAGCCAGUGGUGAGGCUAGAAGUAGAAACUGCUUUCAACUGUCUCACACCCAGUGAAAAACUGUACAGUCACUUUCUAUCCAAAGCUUGCUGGUAUGGAGGAUUGAUAGUUUUAUAUCAAACUAGUCCUGAGUCCCCAGAUAUAUUCAGGCUUAUUCAUGCCAUCAAUACUUCCGAGACUGUUGAUAGUUUGAGGCAGAAGUGUUCAGCUGCAGGAUUAUCAGAGGAUGAUGUUACUGCCUACCUUGUGUAUUGUUCAGGAUUCUACGCGAAUAUGGGAAACUACAAAGGGUUUGGAGAUUGUAAGUUUAUCCCUGGGUUGGAAAAGGAUAAGCUCGAACUCCUGGUUAAAUGUUCAACUGCGGCACAAUCUAACAAGACUAUAGACCAGAUCUGGACAAAGGUGAAGGAUCGAAUGUACUCAUUGACCUGCCAGGAACAGCAGCUGGGUCUAGGAAAGAAGGGUUUAACUAAAUAUUUCACUAGUAACUGUGAUACAUCAGAUUCAGAUCUAGUUAAUCAGUAUCUUCAGCAUAAACAUAUGGAAGGAUAUAUAAACCGAGUGUUCAAGACUGAAGUGAAUGGUAAGGUGUGCUAUGAGAUCAGGAAUGCCGGUGUAAUCAACUCCACCAUCUGUGAGGAGGAAUACAACGGGGUCAUCUUCAAGGUCACCACAGGGGAUUACCAGGAGCUCCUUCAGAUGGUUUGUGAUAAUCUGAAAGAAGCUGAAAAGCAUGUUAGUAAUGAAAAUGAAGCUAACAUGAUCAAAGAAUACAUAAAGAGUUUCAGCCUGGGUAGUCUGGAUGCUCACAAGAACGGAUCAAGGUUCUGGAUAAAAAACAAGGGACCUAUUGUAGAAACCUAUAUAGGAUUUAUUGAAACCUACCGUGACCCUGCUGGUAUGCGCGGAGAGUUUGAAGGUUUCGUCUCCAUGGUCAACAAGAAGGUGUCGGAGAAGUUCCAGGUUCUUGUUGACAAGGCGGAGGAACUCCUGCCUAAGCUGCCCUGGCCGGCGGAGUUUGAGAAGGAUUCAUUUCUCCGCCCCGACUUUACCUCCCUGGAUGUCCUGACAUUUUCCGGAUCCGGAGUUCCAGCCGGGAUUAAUAUUCCCAACUAUGACGAGAUCAGACAAUCGGAAGGAUUUAAGAACGUCUCUCUGGGAAAUGUGAUCAGUUCGUCUUACAAAGUUACCACGAAGAACACCUUCGUCUCCGACCAGGACGAUUUACUCCUCAAGAAGUUCAAGGUUCCCUCCUUCGAAAUACAGGUUGGACUCCAUGAGCUACUGGGACACGGAAGUGGAAAGAUGUUGUAUAAGACUCCUACUGGAUUAAACUAUCCGGAGGAUCUGAAGAAUCCUCUGACAGGAGAGCUCAUCAGCUCAGCUUACGGACCUGGAGAAACUUACGACAGCAAGUUCACGGACUUCGGUUCUAGCUAUGAGGAGUGCAGAGCAGAAUGUGCAGGUCUCCACCUCUGCCUAGUACCAGGAGUUUCAGAGAUAUUUGGGUUCAGUGGAGCUGAAGCAGAUGAUAUUAAUUAUGUAAACUGGUUGAGUAUGGUUCACGCUGGGAUUAAAGGAUUAGAGAUGUUCAGUCCUGCCAGUAUGGAGUGGAAACAGGCUCACAGUCAGGCUAGGUUUGUGAUAACUCAAGUGAUGCUGGCAGCUGGAGAGGAUUUCCUCCGUGUUGAGAAGACUACUGGAGAAGACGGAAACCCUGAUCUUCUCAUCACUAUGGAUAGAUCCAAGAUAGCAACGGUUGGAGCUCCAGCAAUAUCCAAGUUCCUGGUUGAGCUCCAGGUGUAUAAAUCUACCGGAGAUGUGAAGGGUGCCAGGAAGAUGUAUGAAGGAUACAGCGUGGUAUCUGGAGAAGGUGAGAAACCCUGGUUGCUCUGGAGGGAUAUUGUUAUUUCAAGGAAGAAACCCAGGACUAUUCUUGUGCAGGGUAACACGGUUCUUGAGAAUGAAACAAUGAACCUGGUUCAGUAUGAUCCUACCCCUGCUGGUAUGCUGCAAAGCUGGAGGGAAAGGUUUCCAGAAACUGCUAAGUUGGAUAGUGUUCUGGCCAGUAUUGGAGCACGCGAAGAGAAGUAUUGGCCCUGUUAAUAUUUCUGCCUAAGUCCCAAUCAGCUCUCAUGGAACUAUCCACCCAUUGUAAAUUCAUAUAGCUUCUAUCAACCCACUCCACAUUUUCUUCAACAGAAAAUGUCCAAGAUACAAGUAAUCAGUGAAAUCUGCCGUUUUUUAUGUUUCUAUUCUAGUAUUUAUCCUGGUGAUUUUUUUUCAAUAAGAACGAAAUAAAAUUGUAUACAAAGUUA